AUGGGGAGGGCUCCGUGUUGUGACAAGGCAAAUGUGAAGAAGGGACCAUGGUCACCUGAAGAAGAUGCACAGCUCAAAGAGUUCAUCGAGAAAUAUGGGACUGGUGGGAAUUGGAUUGCUCUACCUCAAAAGGCUGGUCUGAAGAGAUGCGGGAAAAGCUGCAGAUUAAGGUGGCUUAAUUAUCUAAGGCCUAAUAUUAAACAUGGUGAAUUUACUGAUGAGGAAGAUAGAAUAAUCUGCACACUAUAUGCAACCAUUGGAAGCAGGUGGUCAAUUAUAGCUGCGCAGUUACCGGGAAGGACGGAUAAUGAUAUCAAGAACUACUGGAACACCAAGCUAAAGAAGAAGCUGAUGGGCAAAUUUACCCCAGAUUACCAAGGAAAAAUAUCAUCAUUUUCUGCAACUCUUUCUCAAUCACUCCCAAAUCUGUCACAAUUAUGUAAAGAUAAUCUCAACUCAUUCUACACCCCAACAAAAUCCCUCUCAGGAUUUGAAUCCUCUUCACUCCCACAAAAUUUUCUCUACAAUAAUAACGACAUUCCUUCAUUUACCAAUCAAUGUUCUUAUUACCCUCAAAAUCAAGUGGGUCUGAUGGAUUUGAAAUAUUAUCCAGUGAAAGAUCAGAAUAUGCUAAUGUUUGGUGGAAAUGAAGCAAGUUGUUCUUCAUCUGAUGGAAGUUACAGUCAGAUCAGCUACAGCAAAGAUGUAAAACCGGAAGAAGGCCGUUUUCAGGGUUUCUUGAUUGAAGAAAAUAAAAAAAUUAUGCUUGAUUAUGGAAAGAUCAACAGUGAUGAUCCCCUCAAUACAUUUUCCGAUGAUCAUGAAAAGGCAAAUGGGAUUUUUGACAACAGUCAAUUACAAUAUGAUCUCGAGGAAGUUAAGGAACUGAUUAGUACUGGAGAUGGCAACAAUAUGUUCUUCUUGAAUUAUGAAAACUGA